AUGGAAAGAUUACAAGAUGAACAGCUAAUAGACUUUUUAACAAGAACAAAAAAUAAAAGAAAAAGACUUGUAAAAAUAGCAAACAAAUACAUAAAGAAAAGCCAGCUAAAGCCUGACGAUAUGAGUGAACUAAGAUCUUCAUCUCUCGCUCCAAAAAUAAACGAAUUCCCAGGGCCAUCUCCUAGAGGUUUCAAGAACUACAAAAAUUUGAUCCAAGAGCAAUUAACCAAAAUUUCAACGCCAAAUAUGAAAGAAAACAGAAAUAAAACAAUUUCAGUUGAUGAAUUAUUUCAGACUAAGCCAUCAAAUGCGUCAUGAAACCCUGUAAUGCAAAAGAUUCUUCAAGAUACUUAUUUAAAUGCUCUUCCAAAGGUCAAGCGUAAAAUGUUUGAGUUAAAGCCGUUUGAAAGGAAUGAUAAAAUAAAAGUUAUCAAGCCCAUUCUUAGCACCAAGUUGACUCCAACUAUUGAGGCUGAAUGUCGAUCUUUCAGUGCUCAAAGAGAGCUAAGAGAAGGAGAUAUGCCAUUGUCAACUCGUUUUACAAUAAAAAAGCAAUUACUUUUGCCUGUUUUAGCAGUAGCGAAAACAGAAAGAUCUAAUAUGUUUUCGUUUUAA